CCAUCGUCAUUUCUACACGCCAGAGAGGUUGUCGUAACGUAUCUUGCUGCUAUGGAUUCUUUAACCGAAACAAGUGCUCAGAGUAGUCGCAAGAGUAACCCCGUGAGAUGGUUUCCAGACCUUUCUCAACGCAAGAGCAGUGUUGAUGCCAACAGUGUCAAGACAAAGAUUGUUAGGUGGUUUCCGGACCUGCAUCAAUAUUGUACAAACAGAGGGGAGAAGCAGAACCCUCUACCGAAGGUCAAUGCAAAUGGUGAGAAGACCGUCGAUGUCUGCUUGUUUCCGAAGCGUCCGCGAUCGAACACGACAACAAGAAUGAUUAUUACGCCAUGCCGAGCAGCAAAUACAUUGAUGGGUGUCUGCGCAACUGGCAACCCAGGGAAGCGUCAGUGCCCGAACGCUGAAGGCGAACAAUCUAGAGAGAGAGACAAUGUACAGGACAUGAGCGAGAACUUUGUUGUGAAAGAAAUGCUCCACGACAGUGUGGCGCAAGAAUUGCAAGACAACAGCACUAAGGAAGAGGAACCUAGUGACGACGACGAUGAGGAGGGGGAAUCGAGCGACGACGAUGAUGAGGAGGAGGAAACGAGCGAGGAUGUCGAUUCAAAAGACACAGACUCUGAGGAUGAUGAAGGGGAGAACGAGUCGGGAAUAUAUGUCGACAUGUUCAAAAAGGGUCUAAAUGGAGAUCUUUUAGGAGAAGCGAAGCAGAUAAUAGCACAGGAGGUGAGAAGAGGACUGUACAACAAAUCAAGCAAGAGUCAGAAACCUCCUUACAACUUGGGAAAGCGCGGCAGGAACGUAUGUGUGUACAACAAGAAAGAUAACUACCACGUGAACAUGAAGAAUAUCGAACUAGUUCUGAAGGAAGAUUGUUGCAAGACCAACUGUUACAAGAAGUUCACGGCGGUAGAUGUUUUCUACAAGCGCGAAGAAUUUUGGGCGAUGAAACAACCUGAGCAACUCAACUUCUUUCUCGCAGAGAUGAGGGUUGCGUCGUACUUUUCGGAUGAGGGAGAUUUAGAGGUGUUAAGAGUGAUAUUCAACGGCGUAAAGGUUUGCACAAAAGCGUGGGGAAAGCUAUACGGAUGCUCGACUACACGUGUUGCAAAGGUACGCAAAGAAUUCAGAGAAGGAAUGGUGUUCUUCAACCAACAUUUCCGAAUCAAGCGCAACGACGACGGGGAGGUGCGCAUUUGGAGCAAGCAAUAUCAUAAUUCGCAGUGGCAGCCGAACGACAGAAAAGGUCUGGACAUCUUCAAGUUAGAGCCAACAGGACAUGUUCAAGCUUCGCCAAAGCAUGCAAUCCAAUCUUUGGAAGCAAGAUAUCGACUUACUUGUCGGGGGGAGGACGAGAGGCGUGACAAGGUCGUCAGCAGUGAAGGUCAUGUCCGUAAUCGAAAAGUGGGAGGAUCUUCGAAAUUCAAGGUUGACGAUGAUGUACUUUCCAUCGCCGCCUUGAAAGCCCACGUACAUGUCCUGUCGCAUUACGCUCAACCCCACAACAUCGAAUGGUGGAACAAGUUCAUAGCAACGCAGGAAACUCUCGACCUUGAGGACACAAAUCUCAAAGAGCCUUUCGCGUGGCCCUCCGUAACAGCUGAUGUCAGCAGAGCAGAUGAAGAAGUUCCACCAACCGCUAUUGGCUUCGACCAACGCUUGGAUGAUCUUUUCCCUCCUAAGAGACCCAUCUACAUCGGCGCACGCAAGAGCAGACAGUUUCGAGAGGACAGAGACGGAAAGUACAACGAUCUCGAGGUCAACACUUUCAUCGCAUUACGAGCUUGUUCGGGGCAGGAAGAGAGAGUCAAACCUUACCAYAUUGGCAAGGUUGUCGAGCUGCUAGCAGGUAAACGAUUCAAAGUUGCUUGGUUUGCACAACGUGAGAAAGGAGAGGGUUACUAUCCUCAGUUCAAGACAAAUCCUCAAGGAAAGACUACGAGAGAGCCUUCCGAGGACGUCUACGACUGGAGUUGCGACGUUCUUUGUUACAACUUCCAACUGAAGACAGACAGGACCCUUUUCUCGCAGACCAGACAAAAGAUCUCUGAGAUGUUAAAUUUCAUGACAACGGAGGAUGUCGACUAGGACGACCUUCAAGGAACCGAUUGAUUCGGAGGUUGGCAGAGAGUCAUCGAGAUCGAGGUCAUUUUUGCUUCCGCAUU